AUGAAACGAAAGUUAGAAGAAGAAAAGACAAACGUGAACAUGAAGAAGAGUGCCAAGAGGCUUUAUUCUUACCCUCCCAGAUGCCCGGGAGUAGGAUCGUUAGAAGGCGAAUUGUGGAUAACGAUAGUGAUAGCGGAAGAGUUACAGCCUGGAAGGCGACGUUUACAUAAUAUGUUUUAUUUGCAGGAUCGAGAGCGAGAGCCUGUGAAAUGUCAUGAAAAACUUGUGGUGUAUAAUGCAAACCUCCGUGAAGCCAAAUGCAUUGGAUCUUACGAGAUCGCCAUAAGCCAGUUCUCGGGAAUGUGUAACACGAGCAUAAAGCCAAAUUACAGUAUUAAAGAAACUUUUUGUGGCGUCCAGGGAGAGCUUCGUAAGUGCCGCGAUUACGAUCGGAGAACAGACUUUGUUAAUGUUUUAAAAAUAUUCAAAGAUUCAGCGUUAGACAGGUUCAAGGAAGUUUCCAAUGAUUAUUCAAAUGGUUAUGCGCAGUUUCACUUACAAAUAUAUGAUUAA